GUCACCCUAAUGCGCCUGCUGGACAAGAUUUCUUUAGGUCGGCGAAAGCAGCGUCUUGUGGAGAUUAAGUCCGUAUUUUCACUCGAAGAAAAAGGGAUUGCGAUGGCCGUCGAAUCGAGAGUUACUCAGGAGGAAAUCAAGAAAGAGCCAGAGAAGCCAGUUGAUAGAGAAAAGACAUGUCCGCUGCUGCUUAGAGUUUUCACCACAAAUAAUGGCAGGCAUCACCGAAUGGAUGAGUUUGCCCGGGGAAAUGUACCGUCGAGCGAGCUUCAGAUUUACACUUGGAUGGACGCCACCCUGAAAGAGCUGACCAGCCUGGUGAAGGAGGUUUAUCCUGAGGCUCGAAAAAAAGGCACGCAUUUCGGCUUUGCCAUUGUGUACCCAGACCCCAAGCGGCAAGGCUACAGAGUAAAAGACAUUGGGAACACAAUAUCAGGCCGUAAGGGUGCAGAUGACUCCAUGACCCUGCAGUCUCAGCGCUUUCAGAUAGGAGACUACCUGGACAUCGCCAUCACUCCUCCAAACCGUGCUCCGCCUUUGCAAGGCCGCAUGAGACCCUACUGACCCUCUCCACACUAGAACCCUGGGUGCCUGCACAGUCUUGUCUACAUGAUUACAUUUUGUUGUUGUCAGUUUCUUCACAGAUUUUUUUUUUAAUUUUUUUUUUAUCACAUUCAUUGGCUUUGAGUUUAAGACUUAACACCACCAUGUACACUUAUUGAUGAAUAAAGUUGUUUUUCCCUAGA